AUGUGCUGCGGAGUCGUAGUACGAUGGCUACGGCUGAUCCAGGAGGAGCCAAUUGACGAAAUGUCCGGCCUGGCGGUUAAAGUGUUCCUGCCAGCAUUGUUGGUCGUGAACUUGGGCAGUAAUCUGCAUCUGGAGAACGCAAUGAACUAUGUUCCAGUACUCGUUUGGUCCCUGGUCUAUACGUUUUGCUCCAUCGGUUUGGUUCAUGGCCUAGUCAGGAUUCUGAAACUGCCCCAUUGGGUUACCGCGACAUGCGCAUUUAACAACACAACUUCCCUCCCGCUGCAUCUGCUGCAGUCUCUUGAGAGUGUAGGCUCUCUUAAACCCAUCCUUCCGGAAGGUGAUACGAUGACCAGUGCGAUAGAGCGUGCGCAGAGUUAUUUCCUUGUUUGUGCUGUGGUCAGCAAAACUGCCGGCUACAUAAUUGGCCCCAAACUAUUACAGGAAAACAAAGGAAAUGGCAAUGAGCAGGACACCGAAGGAGGACAAAGCAGCCAGGAACGGCAAUGGCGUCAAGGGGACGGUGAAGAUGAUGGCCAGCCGACUGAGGAAUCCGACGAGCAGACAUCUCUUCUACGUCAGACAGCACCGAGACGGUUUUACAAAGCCACCAAAAGGGUCAGAGGCUGGGGACGGAGAAUAUCUUCCUAUUUCCCGGACCGUGUGAAGCAGGAGUUGAUGGCACCCUUCGGGUCUCCAUUCGCCGAUGUAGCCGUUGCUUCCGCGUUGCUCGGAGCCUUCCUGGGCCUCGUGCCUUCGUUGCAUCGAGCAUUCUUCAACCCAGCCGACAAUGGUGGUAUCUUCAAUGCAUGGCUAACGGCCAGCGUGAAGAACAUUGGGAAGUUAUUUACAACGUUUCAAAUUUUCAUAGUUGGCUGUACGCUUGGGGUAAGCUUUGAGAGGAUGAAGGCCAGUAGAAGCUCGGGCAAGAUCCCAAUCCGUGCAAUCAUUACAAUAUUUAUUGUCCGUAUGGUUGCAUGGCCGAUACUAAGCAUCUCUCUUAUCUACGGACUGGCCAAGAAGACAACCCUCGUGCGCGACGAUCCAAUUCUCUGGUUCACCAUGAUGCUCAUGCCUCAAGGACCGCCAGCUCUGGUCAACUCCGGCUUUGCUGAGUUAGCCGGUGUUUCCGAGCAGGAGAAGAUGGCUGUAGCAAAGACAUUGACUAUUUUGUACGCGUUGUCACCGGCUAUAUGCCUUGGACUGACAGGGUCGUUGAAGGCAUCGGAGGCAGUGGCGGGUCAUCGGGGAAUGGGUCUAUAGUGGCCUAUCCGUUGGGUUAUUUUCCUGCAAGUACUGCAUCUGUAUAUGUCCCUAAUCACGGAGACUUUCUUCUUUAGACACCGCCGCUUUGAUGAAGCAGGGUCUGGGUCCUAUCCGUUGAGCGCGGAUAGUGUUGGUCUUUUCGACCUUAUGGGAAAGUGUAGGUGGCCCAGUUACAUCUCUU